CUCGCAGUUGGUGCUUCCUUUUUCUUUCCUCCAACAAACCAUCUCUCUUCUAAACCCCAAUAAAGGCCAAGCUUGCUUUGGUACACCGACGUUGAAGAGGUCGGCUUCUAACUUAUUGUUGCUACUUGGAAAACCCUACCUAGUUGUUUUAAAAUGAUCUCGCCUCGCGUCCCCGCGUCCCUCCUUCGCGGCGCUCGCUCCAUGGCGACCGUCCGCUCGUCGAUCGGCGAGACCAAGGUCCCCAUGAGCCGCCUCGAGAACGGCAAGUUUAUCAACUACCAGCGCAUCGAGGACAACCUCCAGAUUGUCCGUGACCGCCUCAACAACAAGCCUCUCACCCUUGCCGAGAAGAUUGUUUACGGCCACCUCGACGACGCCCACAACCAGGAGAUUGAGCGUGGUGUCUCGUACCUCAAGCUCCGCCCUGACCGUGUUGCUUGCCAGGAUGCCACCGCCCAGAUGGCCAUCCUCCAGUUCAUGUCGGCUGGUCUCCCCAAGACUGCCGUCCCCACCUCGGUCCACUGUGACCACCUUAUCCAGGCCCAGGUCGGCUCCAAGGCUGACCUUGCCCGCGCCAUUGACAUCAACCGCGAGGUCUACGACUUCCUUGCCACUGCCUGUGCCAAGUACGACAUUGGCUUCUGGAAGCCCGGAUCUGGUAUCAUCCACCAGAUCAUCCUUGAGAACUACGCCACCCCCGGUCUCCUCAUGAUCGGUACCGACUCGCACACCCCCAACGCUGGUGGUCUCGGUAUGGUUGCCUGCGGUGUCGGUGGUGCCGACGCCGUCGACGUCAUGGCCGGUCUCCCCUGGGAGCUCAAGGCCCCCAAGGUCAUUGGUGUCCACCUUGACGGCAAGCUCUCGGGCUGGACCACCCCCAAGGAUGUCAUCCUCAAGGUCGCCGGUAUCCUCACCGUCAAGGGUGGUACCGGUGCCAUCAUCGAGUACACCGGCCCCGGUGUCGACUCGCUCUCGGCCACUGGCAUGGCCACCAUCUGCAACAUGGGUGCUGAGAUUGGUGCCACCACCUCGCUCUUCCCCUUCAACGACAAGAUGGCCGGCUACCUUCAGGCCACCAACCGCUCGGACGUUGCCCAGUACGCCAACGCCUUCAAGCACAACCUCACCCCCGACAAGGGCGCUGAGUACGACCAGAUCAUCAACAUCAACCUCUCCGAGCUUGAGCCCCACAUCAACGGCCCCUUCACCCCUGACCUUGCCACCCCCAUCUCCAAGUUCGCCCAGGCCGUCAAGGAGAACGACUGGCCCGCUGAGCUCAAGGUCGGUCUUAUCGGCUCGUGCACCAACUCGUCGUACGAGGACAUGUCCCGUUCGGCCGCCAUUGCCACCGAGGCUGAGAACCACGGCCUCAAGGCCAAGUCGCUCUUCACCAUCACCCCCGGUUCGGAGCAGGUUCGCGCCACCAUCACCCGUGACGGCUUCACCGAGACCUUUGAGAAGGCCGGCGGUGUCGUUCUUGCCAACGCCUGUGGCCCCUGCAUUGGCCAGUGGGACCGUCAGGACGUCCCCAAGGGCGUGAAGAACUCGAUCAUCACCUCGUACAACCGUAACUUCACCGGCCGUAACGACGCCAACCCCGCCACCCACGCCUUUGUUGCCUCGCCCGACCUUGUCACCGCCAUGGUCUUUGCCGGUGACCUCACCUUCAACCCCCUCACCGACACCCUCACCGGUGCCGACGGCAAGCCCUUCAAGUUUGCCGAGCCUUCCGGCUUUGAGCUCCCCGCCAAGGGCUACGACGCUGGCGAGAACACCUUCCAGGCUCCUCCCGAGGACGGCUCCAACGUUCAGGUCGCCGUUGACCCCAAGUCGGACCGUCUCCAGAUCCUUGAGCCCUUCAAGCCCUGGAACGGCAAGGACAUUAUCGACGCCCCCGUCCUCAUCAAGGCCUUUGGCAAGUGCACCACCGACCACAUCUCGGCUGGUGGCCCUUGGCUCAAGUACCGUGGACACCUCCAGAACAUCUCUCAGAAUUGUCUUAUCGGCGCGAUCAAUGCCGAUUCGGGCGAAGCCAACAGCGUCUUGAACCAGGUCACCGGCGAGUUUGGAGGCGUCCCGCAGGUCGGUGCUUAUUACCGUGAUCACGGUAUCCCCUGGGUCGUUGUCGGUGACGAGAACUACGGUGAGGGCUCGUCUCGUGAGCACGCCGCUCUCGAGCCCCGUUACCUCGGUGGUGCCGCCGUCAUUGUCCGCUCGUUCGCCCGUAUCCACGAGACCAACCUCAAGAAGCAGGGUAUGCUCCCCCUCUGGUUCAAGGACCCCAAGGACUACGACCUCAUCAAGGGCUCGGACAAGCUCUCCAUCACUGGCCUUGACAAGUUUGCCCCCGGCAAGGACCUCCUUAUCAAGGGCAAGCGCAGCGAUGGCUCGACCUACGAGUUCACCGUGAGCCACACCUUCAACGAGGGCCAGAUCGAGUGGUUCAAGGCCGGUUCUGCUCUUAACCUCAUGAAGUUGAACGCCAAGAAGUAAGCUUUGAGGGUUUCUAUGUUGAUUAUGAGUCUGUAGCGCGUGUAACGAUGGAUGAGCACAGUGAAUAGCACAAUGAGCCGUUUACUGAAGAAGGAGUAGGUGCCACAAAAAUGCCACAGCAAACCCUGAAUGUAUUAACCUUAAUUCAA